GUACAUUUUAGAAUAAUAAAGCACUUAUUUAUAACUUUAGGUUAAGAUAUUAUCAUCAUUUUCAUUGUUUUUUGGUUUAUAGCUUGUAAUCUCUAUAUCACUGUCCCCCCUCUCCUCCUCUUCUCUGACAUAAACUUUCUAAGAGGAAGGAUUUAUAAAAGAAAAUAUUGAAACCCUUGAGUUUUCUUCUAAACACAUGUGGAAACCUUUAAACACGAAGAUUAGGUCACAACUCUUACAAAAAUAAAUAAAUUAUAGGUUUAGGCUAGAAACAAAAAAGUGUAUGAAUCAGAAAAAAAAUAAUAGAAGUCAACAAAAUUUGGUUGCAUCUAAAUGGAAAGAAAUUGCCAACUAUUUGGGUCUUUCUGGAUACAUUCCAAAUAUAGAAUCGCGGCGGCGGCGCACAGGAUGCCGCGGUCUGCGCUCUGACCGUCACAAACUCUCUGAUCUCCUCACACUGUGGAGAAUUGUCAGGAGAGAUACUUUUAAUAUUCAUCAACUACUGAGAUGUUUAGAAUAUCAGGGAUUGAAGGAUAUGUAUGAAUGGAUUAGAUUAAUGUCCGGAUUAACUCUAUCGAAACCUGAGAUUGAGAGUCUGGUUAUGAGACAGAUGAAUUCAGUUACUAGGCCAACAUCUGUUAGAAGUGAAUUUACAGCUACAACAAGGAGACCUGUUUCUCAGUACUUUUCCCUUCCUAACACUCCAAGACACACUCCCCUGCCCUCCAGACCAAUUUCACAAAUAAGUUUCUUGAAUGAGAGUUCAGGGUUCAAUUAUUCCAACAGAAGCUCUGUGUCCCCUAGACGUGAACUAGGUGCAGUACACAAUGAGAUGGAGGAACGUAAACAAACAAGCAAACACACAGGCGUGUUUGAGACUCUGUACAGACCACAGUAUACAAGAAAAUACGCAGAAACUUCAUUUUCAAGAAAUGGCGAUGAAACUUUAAACUUUACUCCAAGAAUAGCGCAGGAUCGUGAAUACACAAAAUCCCCUAAAUUUAGCCAACUCCAUCGAGCUGUUUCCCCGGGGUUUAGCACCUCUCCCUCCCCUAAAUUCUCACAUCAGAAACGUGACAUUUCCCCUCAAUUCUCUCCCCUGAAACGUGACAUCUCCCCUUCCCCCCUGAAACGUGACAUCUCCCCUCAAUUCUCGCCCCUAAAACGUGACAUCUCCCCUCAAUUCUCGCCCCUGAAACGUGACAUCUCCCCCCAAUUCUCGCCCCUGAAACGUGACAAGAAAUCUACUAAUUUUCCGAAUGAUUUGGCGGAUUUACGGUCCAAAAGACACAGCUCGUUUAUAUCAUCAGACUACAGUGAGAGUUCUCUCUUUCAAAUUAUUGAGAACUUUGAAGAUGAAACCAAAUAUUCAAAGAUAGGCGAAUCCAACAAUCUUCAAAAAUUUAGAAAAUUAGGAGCAGCAAAAGAUGGCGGAACUCUAACAGCUGAUAAAUAUUUUGAUAAUCUGAUAACUCUGAUAGAAGAAGCUUCUAGCAGUUUGGAAAUCUGAAUAGAAGAACAUGAAGACGACUUCAAUGAUAGCUUUUUAUAAGACGACCUGAAGUCAGAAAUUUUGUGUGAAGAAUAGUUAAUCUUGAAUGUCUGUGCUCGAUAUCCAAUAUGAACAUUUUUAAAUUUGAGGAAAAUACUAGAUCCCUAAAUUAAAAAUUUCAUGAAGGAAUUACAGAAAUCUGUAAAUGUGCAUAAGAUGGAGAUUAAUGAUUAAUCCCGAGAUUAAUCACACACAAGUUCAGCCUUCUGAAGUCUUUAUAAAGUGUAUCAAACAUACAUAAUACUUAUGUCGAAAAGCUCGAGUUAUUUCAAAGAUGACACAUAUCAUAUUUGUUAAGCUAUUUUACCAACAUAGAGAUACAAGUUUUCUUUUGAA